GCUUCUUCUCUACCUAGGUAUUUUUGCACCUUGAGAGUUGAAAUCUUCGGUGAGAGAUUAUGAUAUUGAAUGUUGGUCUUGCAGCAAUACUUUGCAUUUUCCUUUUUGAGAACCCCAGCCACUCCAUUGUCCUGUAGGAAACCCUCCUGAAUCGAUAUCGAAGGCUACAAAGUAGAGGCAAAUCCUUAUUGGCUACAGAGUGUAGUAACAAAAAACACUCACCUUCUUCUCGGAUCCCGUGAGUCAUUGUGGAGACGUUGGAAUUCACGAAGCCUCGACUACUGUGUUCCUGAUCUGCCAUUUCUCUGCUCCUACAGCUUUUGCCCAGCAUCUUUGUUGUUCGAUGACAUAGCUUCAAGUUUGAAGUAGGAAGCUGUCUGGAUUGGUGGUCGACGGCAUGGGAGACACUCGUGAUGAGACGCCGACCUUGCUCGAUGCCGCUGACGCGCUCCGACUCGUGUCUGCUUUUUUCGAAAACGAAUGGCCUAGAACCGGUGUGAGUGACAUUCGCACCAGACGAGUCACUGGGGGGAUGAUCAACACUUUGCAAUUGAUCUCGCGAGACACUGCCGCGAUUGACGAGCCGGGCACUGUCCUCAUUCGACACUUUGGCUUGGAUGGAGAUGGUGAAGAUCCCCCUGAGGACCGUGUGACUUUGUCAGCCGCCCAGCAGGGUCUCGUGCACUGGGAGAUGGAUCGUAAAGGCUGGGGGCCGAGAUUGUAUGGCUUAUUCCCUGGAGGCCGUCUGGAAGAGUACAUUGAUUCGCACCCACUUACCGCUGCCGAGUCCACGGAAGCGACCAUCCGACAAGAUGUGGCACGCAGUUAUGCUAGGUUACACUCCCUUCAACUUCCGUUGCGAAGGAAUUCCUUCAAAAUGGUCGUUGAAAAGUUGAGCCAAAACAGCCAGAGUAAGCAUAAUCAAGUCCAAGAAGAGCUGCUUGCUGUGGAAGACCCAAGAGCAUUGGAAUACGCCACCGUGUUUCACGACACAGAUUGGACCCGAGAAUUGAAUUGGGUGUCGGGCUUGUUUGAAAAGCACAAGUGCAAGACGACCGUCACUCAUGGCGACCCGAAUUAUCUCAAUAUUCUCGUCAAGAAUUUUGAAAGUGAAUGUCGAACCAUUCUCAUCGACUACGAAACCAUGGCGUACAGCUACCGAGGAAUCGAUAUUGGAGGUCAUUUCAAUGAGCGCAUGUACUGUUACAAUCAGGGCGACAGUCAGCUGACGGGUUACGGGCCACCUGGUCUUGACGAACAAAGGCUCUUCUGCGAGGCCUAUCUCCAAGAGAUGCGAGCUUUGGGACAAGAGCUAUCAGAACAAGAUACCGUCGAGCAUCUUCUCCUCGAAGCGAAUAUAGGUCGACUAUACUCACUGCUGUUCACAAACUUGAUGUGCACGGUCCUUGACGAGGUGGAAGCAGAACCUCCAUUUCUGUCUGGCCUAGCACAUAUGAUGAACACUUAUAGGCAGCUAAAGAGGGAGUUUGUGAAGACUCAUUAGAUUCUAGAUAGCAAAAUAUUGAACAAGAGCGGCAUCACUCUGUUUCCCGAUUGGGCGGGACAUGAGAGCCGUUCAACCUCAUAUGACAUCGCCACUUUGAGAUCUUCUCCCUGCGAAGGACACCAAGUAC